UUGCCUUCAUCACCACACAAAAUGAUUGCCUACAGAAAUAGAAUCUCUAGGUCUCCUGGUGGUGGAGUCUACAGGGGCAGCAGUGCGUCCAUGCACGGUGGAGCUGGAGGCUCUCAUGUCAGAAUCUCCGUUGGUGGCUCCGCCAUGUCCAUGUUCGGCGGUCGAAGUGGUGGAGGUGGCUCUGACUUCGGCAGUAGCAUGGAGUCCGUUAUCACUGAGAAGGCCACCAUGCAGAACCUGAACGACCGUCUGGCGACCUACCUGGAAAAGGUGCGCAGCUUGGAGAAGGCCAACAGCGAGCUGGAGCUGAAGAUCAGGCAGUUCUUGGAGAGCAAGACCUCCCCCUCCUCCAGGGACUACAGCGCCUACUACGCCACCAUCGCAGAGCUGCAGGGCAAGGUAGGCUCACAUCUGACCCCCAAAUCUUGCAUCAAACCACAGCAGGUGUACAGUAUGCUCUACCUGUCAUCACCUGUUCAUCCACUGAGCAACUCAGUGGCCACUUUAUUAGGCACUCCAGUACAUUCCACUGCAACAGCUCUGCUAUGA